CUAACCAAAAUCCAACCAUGGCUAAGAAGAUCUCAAAGAGAAGUAGAGCUGCUCGUAGAGGAGAGAUUGAUGAAACUACAGGAUCCGCUCAGGAACUUGAAAAUAUUCCAAAGACAUCUGAUGGUGUGAAAUCAUCUAUUAUUCGUACUACAAUCAAAAAUGAAGAAUUAUUAGCCAAAAAGAUGGAAAAGAAACAAACCACAGGUAAGGUUGCCAAGAAGAAGAACAAUGCUAUAAGAUCAAGACUUGAACGUUCAGACAAACUUGCAGGUGUACUUGGAUCUAAAAUCGAACAAAGUAUUGCCCGUGCUCGUUAUGUUCAAAGCUCGAGAAAGGCUGGAUGGGAUCAAAUCAACAAAAAUAUUAAUAUUAGACCAACUGCUAAGGAAAAGACUGAAGAGGAACUCAAGGCUGAAGAAGAAGAUGAAGCAGUUAAGGAAUUUUUUGAAGGAGCUGAAGAACAAGCUGAAAUUCAAAAGAAACAAAAGGUGAUCAACGCUUUUGCUCUUUUGGAUGAAGCAGAGGCAUAA